GAUUUGCCUUGUAUACAACAAUUUAUUCUACAUCAUUUGCAACUGCAUUAAUCUGAUUUGUGGGAAGUAAGAUGUGUUUUUUACCCAAAAGACCGAAUCGACCAUAUAAUCACGCCUUAGAUUGUGAGCUAGGUGUAUUUACAAAGCAGAGUAGCGUCAUUUUUUUGUUAGUACGUCAUGAAGUCUGAAAGGCACUGAUUGACAGACUGUCUCGUAAGGCCACAGUCAAUUCCUUUGUUUUGUUGUGUGAGAUAUGAGCAUUGAUCUGCAUUUACAUUGUGGCAGUCACCUGCGUGAAUGUGUGAUGUCCGGCACGUCAGUGUGUUUCAAUGAGAAAAUGUGAAGGCACAUAUCUCUUCCCUCUGCUGCCUGGCAACCUGCGUGCCUCUGUCAUGCAGCAGUGCUCGCUGUGUCUUACACACACACACACACACACACACACACACACACACGGUGUGCACUGCACAAAGCGUGUACGUUACAGAUGCGAAUGGCAGCGGUGCUUUGCCACUGAUCCAAUCAUGGUUGUUGAACACGCUGGAAAUUUAACACGUCAGAUUUACUGUUAUGGUCCCUAGUCGCUAAAUGAUGCAUGUUACAUGUUUAAAUACCCAUGGUAGCUUUGGUUUUGGUACCUACUUCUUGGUUUGCUUGUUUGUGUGUAUAUACUUUCAGUCCCUAUGAAAACACAAUUGCUUUGCUAUUGGCUUCUACAUUUGAAUAAUUUAAAUGUAUACUGGACAUUAAAACCCAACAGAUAACCAGUCAUUGUUCAGGUUGAAGAAGUGAGUAAAUAAAUGGCAUUCCAAAUAAGGUAGAUAUAAAAUCCAAGCGUAUGGAUGUCCACGGAUGUUCCAUUAGCAGUAGGCCUAUGUGGAAUCUGCAUACAAAAACUCCUUUGAAAACUCAACAGAUAUCCUCAGAAUUGGGAUGUGAUGUGUUCAGGGCUGGUAAUCAAUACAAAUUUCCCAAUUCGAUUCUGUAGCAGACUGUUUCCAGUAACUGAUAACUUCAUUUAUAAAUAAUCAUUCAAGAAUUUAUUUUUUAUUUUUAUUUUUAUUUUUUUUUGAGCCAUAGCCUUGUUGGCAGUGCUCCGACAUAUAUAUCUUAUACACAGACAUAUCUUGUCAUCGUUAAAAGAUCAGUUUUGUCAGAGUCAUGUUCAAUACCGCAUUUCAGGCGAGUUCAGUUAUCUUAUCUCUGUUUAACGCGUUUAAAACCAGAUGAAACGGCACUGACAUUCUCAGCAACACUGACGCUGAAAAUGGGAGAAACAUUGUGCCAACACGAUCCAGUUUGAAGGUCUUUCAAUCCACAAAUCACCAACAUUUACCAUGGAUUUAUGUACAACACUAACUGUAACCAUGGUACUGUGGCAGAAAUGUGUGAUAUUCAUGUUGAAUUUUAUAAUUAUUAAGGUUAAUUAAAUGAAUAAUGGAAUAUAAUUUUUGUUGUUAUGCUUUUUGUGCAUUUGUAUUCAUACUAAAUGUCUUUAGGCUACUGUUGUUUAUAACAAAUACCACAGAAGUCGUUGGUAAUGAGGUGCUAUGUGUGGUUUUACCUGUGGAUAUUGUGAUCUUCAAAUGUAUGAUACUAUGGAAAACCAGUAGUUAAUUUUAACACGACUGGUGUCCUAGCACUUACAGUCAGAAAGUGUAAAUUUUAAAAUGAGCUAUUUUAGUUGAGUUAUUUUAUUUUAAAUUUAGGUUGUUUGUUACAAUUUUUAAAGAUGUUACUGUUUUUGUUAUUGAAAAUCAAUUUAUAUCCACAUCCCAACUCAAUCUGAAGCUACUGUCAACUCAAACUUCUGUUAAAUGUGCAUUUGUAAAAGACAAAACGUGCAGUAAUAUUAUUAUUACAUGUAAGGUGCUACCUAAGCAGGUACUGGUGCCACCAUCUGUACUCUGAACUCUCAAAUGUUAGUCUAGAGCCCUGUAAAAAAACUAUUGUCAGUUAGAAAGUUUAGCAAAUAAAAUGAUAUUAUUACAGCAUCAUGAUUUCCAUAUUACAAUAUUUCAGCUCUUUAGAACCUACAUUAGACCAACCAUGAGCACAUAGGGAACCUGAGAUGGGAACCUGUAAAUCAUUUUUGUGCAUUAAUGUAUUAAGUAUCACUUUUAAUAAAAGUAAAUUCAUGGGUUAUAGUUCUGGUCAAGAUUGUCAUCAGCAGCAGUUCUUUCAUGCUCCCGGAACACAACAGGCUUUCAUCAGAGACUGAAUACAGAGAAAAGGUGGUGACAGGAAUAGCCAAGACAUCAUUUGUGGAUUCUGACUCUGCUAUCAACAUCUAUUGAGAAGCUGACCAGUAGUCUGACCCUGUCAAUAGCUGGCCUAAUUUGUCUGCCAUUGUGUGGCCUAUGGAAGAUUUGAAAACGGAUAUCCAGCAUUAGGUGCCCAUUCUAGCUGAGUCAGAUACUACCUUCAUGAAGUAGCUGUUUCAGUUGCACGAACACAUGCUUUUUGUUAUCUCAUUCUUUUACUCUUAACAUGUUAAGGCGGUUAGAUCCAUCAGUUACUAUUAUUGGUGUGGAUUUUCCGUGCUGCUCAAUGCUGCAGGGUGGUGGUUUAAUUGUCAAUUAGCAAGGUGACAGGAUGGCUCAGUUCUGAGAGGCGGCUCUAAAUGGGUUUUGCUGGCAUCUCAUUAUACAUGCACAGAGUGUAUUCAGGGAUAAUUUGGAAUGUAUUAUUGAUGUCCUGCCAUAUCUAUUGGCAAUCUUUUCAGAGGGAGGUGGCGCUUUAGCAUUGUUGUUUGGAAUGCCAUCUUAUCCUUCGAAUCAAUAGUUAAAGCUAAAUCCAGACAAGCCAUUUCUUCAGUAUAAUUCAGCGGUGUUUAUGUACAAAAGGCUUUAUCUGAUUACAUGAGGGGAUGCAACACUAUCACAGCGCUUGAACCAGCAUGGUGUUGACAUGCGAAUGAUAAUGUUUUUGUACCAUCCAGUCCCUGCUGUAGGCUCUAGUGCACUAAUGAAUAUGUCAACAGAUGAAGCCGAAGAGCAUGUUUACUGUGGCUUCUGGUGCGAGACAGGGGACCGGAGCCUGCAUGGGAAAUCCUGCUGGCUCUCUUAGAUGUGCGAGCAGUUGCCAUGGCUUUAAGCUCCCAAGAGAGUGGAGGCAGAGCCUGGUGACAAAAUCAGCCAACUCAUCCGGCACCUGUGGCACAUCUACGGAACUGUUGAAUGGAAGAGGUUCCUUUUGAGUGUCACUGUUAAAGAUUGGGCACUACAUCCACAGCAAAUGGUAAUCCAACUGAUCCGGACCUGGAGAAUACUUCAUUAUCUUUCUGUGCUUUUUCAAAAACAAAAAAUCUCCCUUUUUGGUCUAAUUGCUGACAACUACUACACUUUUGAUGGUAUGGGAAAGCCUUCUCGGAGGAAUGGAGAUUGAACUUUAUUUUGGAAUGAAGCAUGUUUGGGUCCGAUUUUCACUUUAUACCUUCAGUUUCUAACACUUGGAAACAUUGUUGGUUGGGCUGUGUGACAUUCCCAAUUGGACUUGGACAGGCAGCUGUUAAUCAUUCGAUGGGCUUUAAAUUUGGCAUCUUGGAAGCACAUCAAAUUGCACAGAUGGUUUCACUGGAACAAAGUAUUGGCAACUUGUAAUUUGUCCCGCUACUGAUCAGCAUCUUUGAGUUUGCUUCCCCAGCUUCUUGUGGUUGAUAAAAGAGCAGAUAGCUUUGCGUAGAAUACUUACUUUCUUCUUUUCUUUCUAAUCCUAAUUUUUUCUGUGGUGCAUCUGAAGCAAAGCAGUGUUGGAUGGUUGUUGCUGUUUUGCUGAGCAAGUCUUGAAUGGAAUGGAAUAUCUAGGGUCAUGAGUACAGAGUACACUUGGGGCUUUGUCCUGAUGAAAACUCUUGAUAUGGCCAGCACAGGAAGCCACACUCAUAAUUAAGGAAGUUGUUUGAAAAAGCUCUUAGACUUUGGCUAGAUUUGUUUUCCUGUCUUUGUCAUCGACACACUCCUGAGAAGUGACUGGCUUGCCUCCAUAGUACAUUUGCAGUGAUGAACUACAUUUUCGGUGGAAACACCCUGUACUCCAGGGGAAGUCGAGGCAGCAGCACCAGUUCGGCCCAUGGUGGCUCAUCUGGACCUAAGCUCAGACAGUGGUCCAUACGUAGUUCCUCAGAGGAGACUGCAAAACAGACCCCAUCCCGCUGGCGCCGAGUUCUUGCUACCCUCACCCACCUCAAUACCUUCACUGACUGCAUCAUAUCAAGGACAAGUCAGCAGACAGAUGCUGUCCCACCCUCCACUCUCAUAAUCCCUGUGAUCCCAAUCUCCACUGUCCCUGCGGAGCCCGCUGUCAUCUCUCCAUCAACGUCACAGGCAAAUCCACCACCUGUCGUGGUAAAUACAGAGAGCUUGGAUUCAGCUCCAUAUGUUAACGGUACCGAGGCUGACUUUGAGUAUGAGGAGAUUACACUGGAAAGGGGGAAUUCAGGCCUGGGCUUCAGUAUCGCUGGUGGCACGGAUAACCCUCACAUUGGUGAAGACCCCAGCAUUUUCAUCACCAAAGUCAUCCCAGGGGGCGCUGCCGCUCAGGACGGGAGAUUGCGGGUGAAUGAUGUGAUUCUGCGAGUGAACGAGGUUGAUGUCAGGGACGUGACCCACAGUAAGGCUGUGGAGGCGUUGAAGGAGGCAGGGUCACUUGUCAGACUGUAUGUCAGGAGGAGAAAGUCUGCAUCAGAGAAAGUCAUGGAGAUCAAGCUCAUCAAAGGACCCAAAGGUCUUGGUUUCAGUAUAGCAGGAGGUGUUGGGAACCAGCACAUCCCAGGGGACAAUAGCAUCUACGUCACUAAGAUUAUUGAAGGUGGAGCCGCACACAAAGACGGGAGGUUGCAGAUAGGAGACAAACUUCUUGCUGUGAAUAGCUCCUGCCUGGAGGAGGUUACCCAUGAGCAUGCCGUGACUGCCUUGAAAAAUACCCCAGACGUGGUCUACUUGAAAGUGGCUAAACCCAAUAGUGUCUUCAUGAAUGACAAUUUUGCUCCUCCUGACAUCACCAACUCCUAUUCCCAACACAUGGAAAAUCAUAUCAGCCCUCCAAGUUAUCUGAGCCAGCCGUUGCCCCCAGUGCAUUCUGGACGCUACUCCCCGACCCCAAAGACCACAGUGGGGGAAGAUGAUGUUACCAGGGAACCCAGAAAGGUGGUGCUGCAUCGAGGCUCUACAGGGCUUGGCUUCAACAUAGUGGGUGGAGAGGAUGGUGAGGGCAUAUUUAUUUCCUUCAUCCUGGCCGGAGGCCCUGCAGACCUGUGUGGAGAGCUGAGGAAAGGAGACCGCCUGGUGUCUGUGAAUGGAAUAGACCUACGCAGUGCCACUCAUGAACAGGCUGCAGCUGCCCUGAAGAACGCCGGACAAACAGUCACCAUCGUUGCCCAGUACAGACCAGAGGAGUACAGCCGAUUUGAAGCCAAGAUCCAUGACCUAAGAGAGCAGAUGAUGAACAGUAGCAUCAGUUCAGGCUCAGGAUCCCUGAGGACCAAUCAGAAGAGAUCACUAUACGUCAGGGCACUGUUUGAUUAUGAUAAAACUAAGGAUUCAGGGCUGCCUAGCCAGGGCCUGAACUUCAAAUUUGGGGACAUCCUGCAUGUGGUGAAUGCUUCGGAUGAUGAGUGGUGGCAGGCACGGCAGGUCACUCCUCAAGGAGAGGUGGAAGAAAUGGGCGUUAUCCCCAGCAAGAGAAGAGUGGAAAAGAAGGAGAGAGCCAGGUUAAAGACAGUUAAAUUUAACCCCAAGUCACGAGAAAAAGGGCAGUCCCUCAAUGACAAGCGUAAAAAGAACCUCUUUUCCCGCAAGUUCCCCUUCUACAAGAACAAGGAGGCGAGUGAGCAGGAAACAAGCGAUGUGGACCAGCAUGUCACCUCUAAUGCCAGUGAUAGUGAGAGUAGUUACCGUGGUCAAGAGGAAUAUGUGCUGUCUUAUGAGCCAGUCUGUCAGCAGGAAGUGAACUACUCUCGACCAGUGAUUAUCUUGGGUCCGAUGAAAGACAGAGUAAACGAUGACCUGAUAUCGGAGUUCCCUGACAAAUUUGGUUCCUGUGUUCCCCAUACAACGAGGCCGAAACGGGAUUAUGAGGUGGAUGGGAGAGACUACCACUUUGUUGUGUCCAGAGAGCAGAUGGAGAGAGAUAUACAGGAGCACAAGUUCAUCGAGGCAGGCCAGUACAAUAACCACCUGUAUGGAACCAGUGUGCAGUCUGUCAGAGAGGUGGCAGAAAAGGGCAAACACUGCAUUCUAGAUGUAUCAGGCAACGCCAUCAAGAGGCUGCAAGUGGCUGUGCUUUACCCCAUCGCUAUUUUCAUCAAACCAAAAUCAGUAGAGAACAUCAUGGAGAUGAAUAAAAGACUGACGGAGGAACAAGGCAGGAAGACAUACGACAGAGCCAUGAAGCUGGAACAGGAGUUCAUGGAGCACUUCACAGCGAUUGUUCUGGGGGACACUUUGGAAGAGAUCUACGAUCAAGUCAAGCAGAUCAUCGAGGAACAGUCUGGGCCAUACAUAUGGGUACAGUCCAAGGAGAAACUAUGAGAGCCUUCAGGAGUUUAUCGUCCCCUUUUCUCUGCCUGAUUUAUUUAUUGAUUCUGUCAUUUUUGUUUUUCUUUUUGAUAAUCUCAGUUGGGCUUCUCCAACUGACAGCAUUAACUCAACAGAUUAAUUCCUUAAUCCAACAUACUUCGAUCUCUGUUCAGUCCUACAUCUUCACCUCCUGACUUUUAGCUCUUCAGUAGCUAUUUGAAGAGAAGAUGAUCUGUCCUCCUCAGUUCUCCACUGCUUCCAUGCUUACAGAAAGCAAAGCUAUGCCAGACCAGCAUCUGUUUACCAGGGGGUUGGAAACGGUACAGUUCCUUAAUGUUUAAGGGAGGUUACUUUGUAAGGACAAAGACAGCGAUCUGGAUUUUCCGACACAACUCUCUUUUUGUUUUACUUGUUCUUUUCUGUGUUGUUUUUGUGUAAAUGGUAACACGGAGCUAGAGUCUCAGGCAUCGGAUUCAUUAAAAUGGUGAGAAACACACAAAAAGGCAAAACUUUGCACGUUGUAGCUUUUAAGACCAGGUGUUCUUGGGCCCUUCUUUCUCGUUGUUCAUUUUCACCAUAGUCCUGUAUGUUCCGCACAUUCAUCAUCAUUGAUUUACUUCUUUUUCUCUCUUGACUGUUGUAUUGGCAUGCUUAUUGUUCUCCUCAUUCUAAUCGUCUGCGUUACAGAGCCAUUGUGUUUAGAUGAUGUCCCACUGCACAGGUGUGAGACGUGUGCCGCCACCGUUAGAAUGUUGGAGUCUACAAUCAGUGUCUUACACAGAGUACAUGUUUUCAACUCAUUGAUUUACAUUUAGGAAAGUCUGCCAUUUGUAAGGAACUGAUAUUUUUAAGAGGCAAUAAAAUGCCACCGCAUAUGUGGAAGAAAUUUAUUGUACAAUGAGAUCUUAACAGAUAUUUAACCCUCCAUAAACUGCCUAUUUUGUUAUAAUAAAAGUCUAUAUUGAGCUUUACUUAAGCACUAUUAUGAUGGGAGUUAUUUUCUUGACAUUGUAAAAUGUAUAUUAGAGCAAGAGAUUUAACAAAAGAAAUAGUAUGAAUAUAUUUUUCCUUUUUCUGUUACCACCCUUUAUUUUCCCAAACUGAAACAAACGCAGGACAGCAGGGAGAGCGCAGAGAAAACAGAGCCAAGCUGAUUAACACAAUAUUUGAAGCUAGUUCUGUCACUUCCUCCUCUCUGCCCGCCAUUUCAACAUCAUCUGCUCCAAGUGUGCUGCAUCAGAGUCAUAAUGUGUGUGGAGAAGAACGCCCCCCUCUCAGACACAAACCAUCUCAGCUAGAAGAAGAGCUUCGCAGGGCUGACAAAGCUUUGGCCGCAGGAAGCUCUACAGAGACUCCUUUUUUUCUAAACCCAUCCUGGAGAGGGGGUCCUGCCUGCUCUUCCUACGACAUGAUUGUUUUCUAUACUAAGACUGCUUGUUCUACCACCUCAACACCUCUGCUUUUUAGGGACAUUUUGGGACUGGAAAAAAGAAACCUGUAAAUAACCUACUGAUCUGAUUCAUUCCAUUGAUCAAAACGAACAAGAGAAUGGUUAAUUCAAAAAUAAAACAAAAUGUUUCUCAUACA